GGUCUUACUGUUUACUCCAAGCUGGUCUUGAACUUGCUGUGAGGCUCAGGUUGGCCUUGAACUUGAGAUCCAUCUGCCUUAGCCUCCUGAGUGGCAUAUCACCAACUUUGGGUUGCUGAGUGGAUUGCCAUCCGUGUAUAUAACACUUGACAUCUCAAAUAAGAUUCUCAGAAAACAUCUAUGUCAGAGACAGUUGGCAGUAAAUAGAUGAAGCUAAAGAUGAGUGAGACCAGACGCUUCUUCAAGAGCUAACAGGCCCUGUGAGAGGAAGCAGGCCGUACCAUGAACAUGGCCAGGAAUGUGGCAGACCUUCUGGUUUUGAGCCAGCAGGAAGAACUAGUGGAUUUGCCAGACAACUAUCCACUGAGUACGAGUGAAGAUGAGGGGGACAGUGAUGGAGAACGAAAACGUCAAAAACUCCUGGAAGCAGUCAGUUCCCUUGGUAGAAAGAAUAAAUGGAAGUUGGCAGAGAGAUCUGAGGCUAGUCGGAUGGUGUCAGAGUUCAGUGUCACUUCUGAAGGAUCAGGUGAAAAGCUGGUCCUGUCCGAUUUGCUUGGGCCUGCUAGAGCAUUAUCUGCCUUGGUUGCUGUGAAAAAACAGCUGCAUAGAGUCAAGUCAAAGACGCUGACCACACCCCUUAACAAAGAAGAGGCUGACCAGGCCCUCAGGGAAGCAGCAUUCAGCAAAACCUCACAAAUGCUCUCCAAGUGGGAUCCUGUUGUUCUGAAGAACCGGCAAGCAGAGCAGUUGAUUUUUCCCAUGGAGAAGGAGCCACCAGCUGUCGCUCCCAUUGAACAUGUUUUUACUGACUGGAAAGCAAGAACCCCCCUGGAACAAGAAGUUUUUAACCUUCUUCAUAAGAACAAGCAGCCAGUAACAGACCCUUUAUUGACUUCUGUGGAAACAGCCUCCAUCAGAGCUAUGAGCCGGGAAGAAGCCAAGAUACGCCGAGCAGAGCUUCAGAGGACGCGAGCUCUGCAGUCCUAUUAUGAGGCUAGAGCUCGAAGAGAGAAGAGAAUCAAGAGUAAGAAGUAUCACAGAGAUCUAAAGAAAGGAAAGGCCAAGAAAGCCUUAAAGGAGUUUGAGGAGCUGUGGAAAGACUGCCCAAAUGCUGCAUUGCAAGAACUGGAGAAAAUGGAAAAGGCCAGAAUGACAGAACGGAUGAGCCUUAAGCACCAGGGCAGUGGGAAAUGGGCAAAGUCAAAGGCAAUUAUGGCUAAAUAUGACCUGGAGGCUCGAAAAGCUAUGCAAGAACAAUUGGCUAGGAACAGAGAACUGACACAGAAACUCCAGGUAGUUUCAGAGAGUGAGGAAGAAGUCGGAUGCACAGAAGAGGGAAUAGUCUCUGUCUCACAUGGACUGGAUGACCUACAGAUGGAUGCAGAUGGUGUAAAUCCCUGGAUGCUUAGCAGCUGCAGCAGCAGUGCAAAAAGGGGUGAGAUUAAGACAGACCCUGAACAGAUGCCUGAAUUUGUGGCCCAUGUGUCUUCUGAGAAUGAGGGAGAUGAAAGACCAGUGGUAGAAGAACUUGUGUUAAAAGAAAGAUCCUUUCAAGAAAGAGUUGAUCCCAACAAUGCUAAGUUAAUGGGUGGCCAAGAAACAGAAGAUUCUAAAAGCCAGGAGGUAUUAUCUGAGUCGAGAAUACAGAAACUCAACAAGGAAAGUCAUCAAUCUGAGAAUCAAAAAGUGAGUUCAGAGGAAAAUGUUCUCCAUAUCCAGAGAGAGGACCUUACCUCAGAGAAGUUGUUGGUGCUUCAAAGGCUAGAGAGAGCACAUGUUCUGGAACAAGGAGAGUUGAGCAAAGAGGGACAUUAUCCAAAAAAAGGGCUUUCCAGACCUUUGUUGAAAGGGGAGUGGAAGGAGAUGAAGCCACCCACCAACCCUGAUGCCUCUGGAGGGAAGAAAAAGAAGGAACAAAUGAUUGAUCUACAGAACCUCCUAACUGCUAACUCAUCUCCUUCUGUGAAGUCUUUGGCAGUGCCCACAAUACAGCAGUUAGAAGAUGAAGUGGAGACCGAUCACAAGCAGCUAAUAAAGGAAGCUUUUGCUGGAGAUGACGUCAUAAGAGAGUUCUUAAAAGAGAAAAGGGAAGCUAUAGAGGCAAAUAAACCAAAGGACUUGGACCUAUCAUUGCCUGGAUGGGGUGAGUGGGUUGGUACCGGCCUGAAGCCCAGUGCCAAGAAAAGACGCCGUUUUCUUAUUAAAGCUCCUGAGAAUUCUCCAAGAAAAGACAAGAAUUUGCCGAAUGUGAUUAUCAGUGAGAAGCGCAACAUCCAUGCAGCUGCUCAUCAGGUGCGGGCGGUUCCACACCCGUUCACCCACCACCAGCAGUUUGAAAGGACUAUCCAAAACCCUAUUGGGUACAUGUGGAACACCCAGAGGACCUUCCAAAAGCUGACAGUUCCCAAGGUUGGCACCAAACUAGGCCAUAUCAUUAAGCCCAUAAAAGCAGAAAAUGUAGGGUACUGCUCUUCCACAAGGACUGACCUCUCUAUCCUACAAAGCCUCUCCAGAAAAGAGCAAAAACAACAGAAGAAAAGCUCUGCAGAUUGAGCUUCCAGCAGAGUAGCAUCUUUGUUCCUGGGGCUAAGAACCUCUAGUGUUUCUCUUGGUUGCAUCAUUGUGCUUCAGGGUCAUUUCCUAAAUUGACAAACACUUAAGCCACAUUGUAGAAAUAAGGCAUUUUUAGCUAGUAAAGAGCUUACAUUCCAUUUUGAGGUACAUGAUAAAUUUAGAAAAUUUAUGAUUCAUUCAUGGCAAAAAUGCAGAGUACCUAUCCUAGGCUUAGAGACGGAUGUGUGGACAGAAAAGUUCAGACUGGGACCGGGCAGAGGAAGCAUGGGCUGCAGAAAAUGCUUAGUUUAGAUAUUAAGUUAAUAGAUCCUGAUCUAGUGGCUAAUAUAUGUAAUCAGCGUUCUUCAAGGUUGAGGAUCAUUUAGUUGAGGCCACAGAAUGAGAACUUGGCUCAAAAAAAGAAAUGAAAAGAAAACAGAAAACAAAACAAAAACAAGCCCAAAAAGAUUCUACGAAGGGUUUAUAGGCAGAAUGAACAAAUUUAGACUUGAGGAAGACAGACAAGGAAGAUAGAGACGAAUAAAAUUUAAGAAUAAAAUGUUAUAGUUUGCCAAGCCCGGAUAGUUUUCCUGAGCUUUCCUGGUGCAAAAUGGAGGACUUCCUUUCCUUAGUGGGUUUCCUCUUCACCUGAUGGGGAGCCUAACCCCAGUCUACCUAAGGAAUGUCAUGUAAUUAUAAGUUCAAUUUUCUGGAAUGUCUUACCAUGCAAAUGAGGUAUCCCCUGAACCUUAAACCUCAGCCAGUGAAACUUCACCUUAAGAAGAACCCCUUCUCACUUUCCAGGAUCAAUAUAUAUAGCCCUUGAUCCACCCUGAAUAAAGUAUAUGCGCACAAGCUGUUUCAUUGA